AUGGAACAGCCCUCAGCUACAAAUCGAAGACAACCUGUACGACAAACACGUACAAAUAAUACCAGAACCUCCGCCCAGGCGGUCUUCUCGGCCACCUCAGGUGCUCAACCUCAUGCAGGGACGAAUCAAGAAGCACCAGGCUUCUAUCCUGCUAUUACCCAUUUUACCGACGCUAUCACUGCAUUGCCCAAAGAGAUGAUAAGACACUAUACAAUGCUCAAAGAGGUCGAGGCAAAAAUCUGCGGGCCUGAGGAGCGAAUGCUUCAGCUACUAUCCGCUGGACUAAAGGCGCCCGCGCUCAAACAAACAGGACCUUCAGGUGAUAUUGAACCACUCCCAGACCCGAACAAUCCCGAGUCGCAAAAUCCUCGCUUCGCCCGCCGUAACUUUUUCCUAGAGAUGCGACGCGAAUUGGUCAAUUCCUUAGGCAUUUUGGAUGAGAAGAAUCAUGUUAUGAAUACUGCGACCGACUGUUUGGAUAAACAAAUCAAACGGUGCCAAAGCUCAUAUCCUCAUAUAGAAGAAGAGAUCAGCGAAGAAGCCAGGCUAGGCAGCAUGACACACUGGGCAUACAACACAGAGAAGCCAACAGAAAAGAAAGGUAUGAUAGGCGGUGAGCGUACACGGCGAGCCGCCAACCAUCUAGCUGUAGAGACCGAAGCUGCAGCUAUGCGGAGCGAGGUUAGAAGAGAAGCCGUUGCAGCUCGGAAGGGUAAACAUCCGAUCGUGGAUUCCGACUUUGACGACUCUAGGACUGUCGGAAGAAAAGCGCAGAAUGGGGGCAAAGGUAAAAAAGGGGGGAUCCUGUCUACGGCUUAG